UAUGACUAUGAAAAAUGCGAGGCGGAUGGGGCCAACAAGAUGAUGGAUGACAUGAUGUCUCGGAUUUCCAAGGGCGAACUGCAAGGUCAAUCUUUCGAAGAAAAUGGAAAAGUUCUUAAGAUCGCAUACGCCGACAGUUUCACUUACAAAGACCCGAUUGAUUCGUCGGUGUCGGCAAAUCAGGGAAUUCGUUUAAUUUUCGACGACUGCUCGAGGAUCGUUUUUCGGCUGAGCGGUACCGGAAGUUCCGGGGCUACAAUUCGAAUGUACAUCGACAGUUACGAAGGCGACAUCGCAAGACACGCGAUCUCGGCACAGGAGUUACUUCAGCCAUUGAUUCGUAUUGCGUUGCGCAUUUCGAAGCUCCAAGAAAACACCGGCCGCGACAAACCGACCGUCAUAACAUAA